AUGAAAAUAUCCCUCGAGAAAUUGAUGAUAUUCGGAUUUGUUAAACGGCGAAUUGAGAUAUCGUUUUAUGAAGGACAAGGACUUACCUUCUGCGGUUGGAAGAAUCUCUCCUAUUUCUCCUUCUCCCGCUACAUUCUCCUAGAAAAAGAGGGAAAAAAGAGCACAAACUUUGCUUCUCUCAAUCCAUUUUUCGCUAUAAAUAAUUGGUUGUUUGUUGAUUUGGGUUACUGAAAUUAUCAAAUUUUCUUUGAGAAAUGUAAAUGGAAUUGUAAGAACACUCCAUCUCUUGCUUCCUCUUUCGAAAACCAGCAGGAGGAGGAAAAGAAGGCUGAUAUUGUUUGUUUCUUCUAUCGCACAAAUUCUAUUCUCAUUUUCAACUGGGGAAUCAGCUGUCUCAUUCCUUGCAUGCUCAUGGCUCACCUCAUUGAUCUUCGAGAAGCUUUUCCCACCAUAAAACCAACUUUAGAAAAACAACAAGGAUUUUAAAUAAGUAUUUUUUUCCACCUAGGAAUUGAACUUGAUAUCUUGGAUGAUAUCUCCAAACAUCCCAAUUCCACAGCCCUUACCAGUUACACCAUCGCUCCAUGGGAUUUAAAUUCCACAAGUUUGAAAGUUUCUUUUCUUUCUAUAUUUUCUGCUCUUUAUCUAUCAAUAUAUUAUGCUGAGAAGCAAUCUGAAUUCCAAUGGAUGUUGGUCACUGAGACAAACAAAACUGAUCUACAUAGUUGUCAAUGUUAUUUGGCUUAUUUUAUUUUACUUUAUUGACAUUCAUUCAUACCAAUGUCUAUUGGGCAAUUGAAGAAUGGGGGAUCAUUUUGUGCUGUUGGUGGAUCAGUUGCUCACUGAAUCAAACCUUGAAGCUACUAUUCAGAGAAAAAGCAGAAUUUGUCACCCUAUGGCAUCAACAAAUGCAGAUAAUAUGAUAUCUUCUCUGAAUAUUGAUGUCGAAUCCGUGUCACCUUCAAGUAUUGUUCAGUGCAGAAUUUGUCAUGAUGAGGAUGAUGACUCAAAUAUGGAGACACCAUGCUCUUGCUGUGGCAGCUUGAAGUAUGCUCAUCGAAAGUGCGUUCAGCGGUGGAGCAACGAGAAAGGCAAUACAAUCUGUGAGAUUUGCCACCAGGACUUUAAACCAGGGUAUACUGCACCUCCUCCUGUAUUUUAUUGUGGAGAUAUUAGUUCACCAAUUCAUUUCAGGGGAAAUUGGGAGAUGUCUAGACUGAACCUGCAUGUACCUGCAGGUACACCCGAUCAGGAGUAUCUCGAUUCUGACUUCGAUGAAUUUUUCGCUCCCUCUCCGAGAAGCAUAUUGUGCUGCCGCGUGGUUGCAGUAAUUUUUAUCGCUCUUCUCGUUUUGCGCCAUACUCUACCAAUUGUAAUUAGUGGAGCUGGAGGGUAUUCAUUCACGUUGUUAAUGAAGUUCAUGUGCUGUAUAUUUCAGUUAAUGAUCUUGAGAAUUGUUGGGAUUCUUCUACCAAUAUAUGUCAUGGUUAAGGCAUUUACUUCCAUUCAACGGCGGCGUCAUUAUCAGGCUCCCCGUCUUCAGCUCACAACAUCAGAUGACGAAGGUGACUCGACAAACCAUUCUCAAUCACGCUUCAUCCACUUGAGAUAACAAUACAUUGGCCUCGUCCAUAAUAUAAUGGAAACAACGAAAACGAAACGACAAGAUGGAAAAUGGUUUGAUGAAAUGCAUAGAAGGUCAUCAAUCGCUUUUCACUGUGAGAAAGUUAUGAGUCACGAGGCUGCGUAUGGUCCUUGAAGCGAGGCGAUCAUGACCUGGUUAUUUUCUGCAGUGAAGUUCACAUCUGUGGGGAAGCAGCAGAAACUUCUUUGGUUGAAUCAAACUUUUUAUUCCAUGGAAUCGUUGGCUCACUAUUUAAUGUAUGAAGUGUGUAAUGGUAAACUAGAAAGGAAUUUCAUUUGUAUAAAAUCAGUAGUUCUUUCAAAGA